GUAUUUGAAACUCGUCUGAUAUCGUCAUCAUCAUAUAUCAUAUAUAUGAUAAAGCCACACUACGCGCUCCACGUCAUCAUCCUCAACCUCUUUCCCCUACAAUAUACACAACACACCAAAACUCUCUCUCUCCGAUUUGAAUCUCGCUGACUCUCAUUCUUCCUCUCUGGAUUUCUUAUUGAAGAUGCGACGCGCUGCAUCCAAGAAAACGGGUCAAUCCAAUUCCAACCCCUCCGUCAAUUCCUCCGCCACGGAUCUAUUCCGCUCCGCUUCGAGUAAAGCUAACUCAAAGGAGCUGGAGCGAAUUGAUAGUCUAUUUUAUUCGUAUGCCAAUGGAUCUAGUGGAGUGAUUGACCCAGAAGGAAUUGAAGCACUUUGUGCUGAUAUGGAGGUGGAUCAUACUGAUUUGAGGAUUUUGAUGCUUGCGUGGAAAAUGAAAUCUGAGGAGCAGGGAUAUUUUACCUUGGAUGAGUGGAGGAGAGGCUUAAAAGCAUUAAGGGCUGAUACAGUAAGUAAAUUGAAAAAGGCACUUCCAGACCUAGAAAAGGAGGUCAGGAGGCAGUCAAAUUUUUCAGAUUUCUAUUCUUAUGCUUUUCAAUAUUGUCUAACAGAGGAGAAACAAAAAAGCAUUGAUAUAGAGAGCAUAUGUGAAUUACUUACUCUUGUUUUGGGUUCAACGUUUCCAGUUCAAGUCAACUUAUUUGUGGAAUAUUUGAAGAAUCAAAAUGAUUACAAGGUCGUAAACAUGGACCAGUGGAUGGGUUUUUUCCGGUUUUGCAACGAGAUAAGUUUUCCGUCGCUCAAUGACUAUGAUCCCGAACUUGCAUGGCCCUUAAUCCUGGAUAAUUUCGUUGAGUGGUUGCGAGAAAGGCAUACAUAAUCUGAUAUCUUUCAGCCAUCUGAUUCUCUGUACCAUGCAAUUCCUGUAAUCCCUUGAACAAGAGAAGCUGUUGGAUUACCAAAUCAGAUGGGUGCUUUGUGGCUACUUUAUUGUACUCAACAAACUAUACUGUACUUCUGUUGGCCCAGUUUCUUAAUGGGAAUUCUAAAUAUAAACUAUUGUUACUUCUAUUUAAAAAAAACAUUUCAUCUUAUAGUUGCAGUUGAGGUUAGAUACAAACUUGUACUCUGUAAUCAUUACCAAUGCCAACAUCAUAUAUUUUAUUCACAUCAUUCACCUAA